CGGGAGGAGACCAGAGUACUCGUUCAUUAUCACGACGAUACUCUUCCGAAUGACCACGAGAACGACAACAGGCACCGCCAUGGCUGAAUUUACUCACCCAAACGCCUCCAACUCAAAACCGGAAAGACCCUCGACGACCGUCGAGAAACCCACACCGUACACCUACGAUCUCGGCUACUUAACCGCGACGGACCCGAAUCCUCUGCCUUCUACAUCGACGCUGCUCUCCCAGUCCUAUACGGAGCGCAACACAACAUUACAAACGAUCGCCCGCGAUGGCGCCCAAUCCCUACUCAACACCCUCCUCACAACCUGCACAAUAACAUCCACACCAGAUGGGCUCUUAAUGUCGCUCCCACCCGCAUCGGCCCCGUUACCGCGCUGGAAACCGCUCCCCAAGCCCAAAGCCCCCACGAAAUGGGAAUUGUUCGCCCGCAAGAAGGGUAUAGGCAAGUACGCGGGCAACCUGAAGGGGGGUGCGGCCCUGGAAGACCGGCGGAAGAACCUAGUCUACGACGAGGAGAGUGGCGAAUGGGUCAAGAAAUGGGGUUACAAAGGGAAGAACAAGGCCGCCGAAAAUGAGUGGCUUGUCGAAGUCGAUGAUGACAAGGCGCAGAAGGAAAGCGAGGGCACGAGCGUCAGAGCGGAGGGUAGGCGCGAAAGAAUGGAACGGAUAAAGAGGCAGGACCGGCGGCAGAGGAAUAACGAGAAGCGGAACAAGAAGGGUAAGGCUGGCUAGCGGGCCAGGACGGGGAAAUGGCUUUGUUGAUGGAGGCGACUUGAUCUGAUGGUCGUCGUCAUGAUAAAAGCUAAGCACACGCAAGAGAUGCAUGGUUCUGUGUCCGAGUCUGAUGCAGUCCUUGUACCGACUACCGUCGUGAUUGGACUUGAGGAUACUGCGGUUUCGGAACGAGCAGUGCUACACAGCACGAUUUGCACAGGACUAGGACACGCGGCAUUUCAGAGAACGCAAUGGACGAGUGAAGAUCUAUCCCUUCAGAGGCACAAAGGUCAGAACGAACGUACCUAUUCUCUCCGAAAUUCAAGUCCAUCUAUUCGAUCUCGAAAGGCUCGUCUGCCUCAUCCACCUAAUCAUACACAUGGGGCUUAUGGCCUCGGUUUUCUCCCACUCUCUCUGCAUCCUCUUUUCUCCAACGCAUAAUAGUCCAAAGACCAAGGUGAAAAAGCAAUGCAAAGCGUAAAAAAGACGUCAAUGCUAGUCUCCAACCAGCUAGAUAAUACAGCCAAAUUUUCAAGAGCUCCAUGAGCUCCAUCCAGCAA